GUUCAGGGCUGAAGCCAACGGGAACAGAGGGCGGGUGUGCAGAGGCAGCGGCGGACUCUGCAGAUGCGCGAGGUGCCUGCUUGGACCUCCUGCUGUUUGCUGAUCCACUUGAUUCGCCAUAUGGCCGCCCUCGUAUUUUUGCUCGACAAGCAUCAGCUGAGCGCCGCCCACCCGCACCAUCCCGCUGCCUUUGCAGCCCUGCCGCAGCCAUCCUUCAGGAGGACCAGACGGCGCGCCCCUCUCGCCCUCUCCGCAUCGUCGCCCCUUCGACGGCAUCUGGAGAGCACAAGAGCGGCCGAAUGGCGAGGCAGGCAUAUUGCCUGUGUGCCGUCGAUUCGAGCAAGGAGGAAGGCGUUGACUGUGAGGCCAUCAGCGGCACGCGAGGAUGUGGCGGUAGCUGCUGCUCCAGAGACCGACCAGCUGCCCGCAUCCACUACGUCCGAUAAGCAGCCUCCUCACGGCCCCGCCAAGAUGGGCCAUCUGGUGAAGGCGAACGAGUACCAACUGCAGCCCCCAUUAGGACCGCCUCACGUUCAAACGCCCUCUGGCACUCCAGAGAGCAGCGCCGUGGGUGGGGUUGCUGACCGGUCUCCUGCAGGCGGAGAGGGAGAGGGAGAGGGGGAGGGUGGGAGUGGUCAGCUCUUCGCCUCCGCCAGUGGCAGAGAGGCCGAAAAGAAGCGCAAGGCGGCUGCGGCUGCUGGUGGUGGGAGUGAGUCGGCGUUCGGUGUGGAGAGCGUGGACAUCUUCCAGGCCUUCGCUGAGUGGCUCGAGCAGGCCUACACGGCCAUCGUCGAGACCUUCUUCCCUCCAAGCCCCCUAGGUACGUCAGUCAGACACACACGCACUUCACUCACUCGACCGUCGCUGGCGAGGGGACGUGUCCAUCUAUCUCUCUUUGCCGUCCGUCGUGUCCGUGUGUGUGAUUUGAGUGCAGCUCCGUAUGAGUCCUCGAUACAGUUGGGUGAGGGCCCUGGUGGCCGUGGGCUGAAGCGGCCAUCGCUGACCGAGGCAGUGCCCGGCACCGGCAUCGCACUCUCCCUACUCACAUUCAUCCUCGCAUUCUUGUAAGGCACUAAGGCACUGACUACAGGCGACACACACACGGCUUUUCAGUGAGUGCCGAUCGACCUACCUUCGUGUGGUGUGUGUGUGUGUGUGUGUGUGUGGGUCAGUCCCGGAACAUCGCCCCAGUUCAUCGCUGCCCUGACGCCAGCCACUUCGGCAAUCGUCGCAGCCGCUGCUGCCACUGCCGAAACACAAGUCACCACACAGCACAUUUCGAGUGCCUUCCUCCCGUCUGAAUCACAUCCGCCUGUCUGUCUGCCUGCCUGCCUCUGUGUGUAUCAGUCACGCGAGGCGGUGGCCCGUGCCAAGAAGUUCUCAGCCUCUGCUGCUGUGGCUGCCGCGCGAGCCGACGCCGCAUCAGCCAGGGCCGCAGCCGCCUCGUCUGCUGGUCAGUGAAUGGCGACACACCCCUCUAGAUGCCUUCCUGUGUGUACUUUAUGCUUCCGUGUGUGUGGUUGAUCCAUCCCAUCAGUUCCGGCUGCCUCAGCGUGGGCAGGCUUCGGUGCAGUGUUAGCUGGUGCGCUGGAGGUGGGGGCGGUCGUACCGGGGCUGGUCACACUGGGGCGCUUCUCGGCCGUGAUUGCCACGGCCAUGGCGGCGUGGGCGGCUAUCCUCGCUGCCACUGCAGAGGCGGAAGCCAAGAUAGCCAUGGCGCAGACACCUGAGGAGGUCAGAAUCAAGGGGUGGGCCCCACCAUGAUCUGAUCUGCGCGUUCCUUGGUGUUUGCUUCGCAUGUAUUUAAAUAUAUUGUUGUGCUGCUGUGGUGUGUGUGGUGUGUUUGGUGUGCGUGCUGUGGUAUAGGAAGAGACGAGCACUCAGGCAACGAAUGAGCAGACGGCCAAGGCCCUCUUCUUCGUACUCGGACCUGCACUCUGCGCACUCGUCGCCGCCAGGUGAGUCAUCCGACCCGGCCGACACAGACAGCACAGACAGAGGUAGAUAGGAUGGAUAGGCGGCCUGGCCUGGCCUGCAUUGCAUGUUCCUCCUCUCUCUGUGUGGGGCACCACACCACACCCUCUGUGCUGUGUACUGUACAGGGGUCGUUCCAAGCUUGCUGUGUCUGCAGCAGUGGCGGCCGCCACGGCAGCACAGGUAGGUACUCACGCCACUCGGCAUAUGCCGACGCCACUUGUUGCUGACGGCCCAAUCAAGCUUGAUUGUCUUCUCCUUCUUGUUUCCCUCUUGGUGCCUGUCCUGUGCAGGCAGCAGCUCGUGCCGAGCGUUAUGCUGCCCAGGCUGCCAGGGCGACGGCCGCCAAGGCCAUCAGGGCGUCGCGGUCAGAGGUGGAGGUGUCCAAGGCAGAGGCAUCAGCCGCUGUAGCACCGUUCGCAUCCGCAUCAGCUGCCGUCGGUACGCUGGCUGAUUACAGAAACACACACAACAAAUGUAUGUUCACGGCCUGCCUUCGAUUGCCGUCGUGUUGUCUGUUGUUGCGGGUGUGGUGUCGUGCAGCUCCCCCCGCUGCGGUUGUGAUAGCGGUGUUGGACCCCAUAUGGUCGGUGCUGGCUCCCUUGAUGGCGACCUUCUUCGGCUUCAUCGCCGUGGAGGCGGCCACCAAGACCAAGGAGGAGGCCGACGAGGCGCAGGCCAUCGCACUCGAGUCGGUCUUCUCACCCACAUACCAAUCCCUCAAACCCGUCACCUCACUCAGGUUGGUCGUCACACAAACAUGCACCAAGGACGAACCAUCGAUCGCUUUUGCUCCCUGUAAUGUUGUUAUGUGGUCUGUCGUUCAGGGCGUCGGUGCUGCAGCUGUUCGGGUGGCUGGGUCGGUGUGUCACGCGCUUCAACGCCUCGGUGUGGCGCUCAGUUAGGGCACCCUUCCAGUGGAGGGCCGUUUGGCGGGCCAAGUUUAGGCAAUGGGCCGUGCUGGACUUGGCCGGCCGCCGGCGGGAUGCCCGCGCGGCUGCCAAGGAAGAGCCCAAGGGGCCAGAUGAGAGGGACGACAAGAGGAGGUCUGACGAGAGUCCCACGCCGCCUGUCGAGCCGCCAGAGAGACCAAGGGAGAGGAUAGCUUCUGAUGCGGCAGAAGGUGAUCAUGGCCCGGCGAUGAGGAUCAACGAGUACCGGGGGCAGGAGACCGAGGCCAUCAUGGCCGACGCGCGCGUCCCGUUCCCGCGAGACAGGCGGCGGCAAAGCGAUCAGCAGCAGCCCCCGCCACCCGAGACCGUCACUCAGCAACAGCAGGAGAGGAGGCGAGCCACCCUCACACAACCAGCCGUGGGGGCGACCGAGGGCCCAUCUCGGCCUCAACGAGGCUGGAAGUUUCCCUCAUGGCCACGAUUCCUGCGCCCCCCUCCUGCCGAUGCUCCCUCGCCCGUGCGGCGGCGGACAGCCAUCCCUGACCGCGUCGACUGGUCAGUCGUGGAUCUGGCCCUGGAAUCGGGGGAGGCGAGCAACGAGGCUCUGAAAUCACUUGUCAGGGAAAUUGAGUUCCCACCGCGCGGACGGUCAGCUGGGAUGACGACUGGCGGGGUGGUCAAGACACCGACCCCCAAGGGGCGGGUAGCUGCGGCCAACGACACGGCGGUAGCUACCACCACUGCCACUGGUGGCGGUUCCUUGCCACACGAAGGCGCUGCUGACGGUGGUGCUUCCAGUCCCCUGUCGCUGACUUAUGACGGGAAGAAGCUGUCGGUGAAGGGGCGCGUUGACGGGGCUGGUCCAGCUUCGGAGGCUGUCAAGGGCGAGACUGCUGCUGUAGAAGAGAGGAAGAGGGAGGCCAUUGAGGCCAAGUGACUGACUGACUGACGAUAUAGAGAGG